UGCUUACCAAUGAGCUGGCCAGGAAAGCUAUCGUGUUAGUGGUGAUGUGGGGUUGCUCCAGAGAUCGCCGUCAUGUCUUGUCAAGCUUUCCAAGCCAAGACCGCCUUUUCUUCCCACAAUUCAGAGCAUUGAGCACCGCUUCAAGCCUCACAUACACAAUUCAUAUUUUAUCAAUCACACGAUAUGUCUAACAAAGCUGCGUACAUCACAGAGGCAAAGGCCAACCCUCUGCAGGUCAAGGACGCUCCGUUCCCCUCUGCUGGCAAGGGAGAGGUUGUUGUAAAGAACUCUGCUGCAGCUGUCAACCCUGUGGACUGGAAGAUCCAGGACUACGGAAUCUUUCUCCAGAAGUACCCAAAUGUCCUGGGCACUGAUGUGGCCGGCGAAGUCCACGAAGUCGGCGAGGGCGUUGCACACGUCAAGAAAGGCGACCGCGUCCUAGGCCACGCCUUUUCUCUGGUGUCGAACGACCCCGCGCAAGGCGGCUUCCAGCUCUACACCGCGCUCAACGCCACCGUCGUCUCUAAGAUCCCAGACUCACUCUCCUACACCUCCGCUGCUGUGCUGCCUCUGGCCAUUUCUACAGCUGCAGCCUGUCUCUUCAAGAAAGAGACCCUCGCCCUACCGCAGCCAACUAGCUCAGACCCCAACCCGCCAUCUAGCGGCAAGUCUGUGCUCGUUUGGGGCGGUUCGAGCAGCGUCGGCGCAACCGCAAUCCAGCUCGCGGCUGGUGCAGGACACAAGGUCGUCAGUGUGGCAUCAAAGCGCAAUAUCGAGGGCGUCAAGGCGCUGGGCGCCGCGGCGGUAUUCGACUACAACUCUGCCUCCGUCGCGGACGACAUCAUCGCUGCGCUCGAAGGAACUGAAUUCGCAGGCGUAUGCGAUGCAAUCGGCACCCCGGACGCGGCAAAGGCGUGGUCACCCGUGUACAAUAAGCUCGGCGGCAAGUACGGGUCUGUCAUGCCUGGUGCUCAGGGAUUGCCAGAGGGAAUCGAGGGCGCGAGUGUGUUCGCCCCGAGCGUUGCGCUCGACGACAAAUACAUUGGCGAUGUUGUGUGGGCGAAGUGGGUGCCCGAGGCGCUACAGAAGGGCACCUUGAAGGCGCUGCCUGAGGCGAUCGUGGUUAAGGGCGGAUUGGAGUCCGUGCAGGAGGGCUUGAAUAAGCAGAAGGCUGGUGUUAGCUUUGGCAAGAUCGUUGUGGAAAUCUAGAAAUUAGGCUGGUGUCGUAAAAUGAAAGUACAGCGUUUGAUAAUCAUCAUGUUCGACAUUGCGCAGACUGGACGAUAACGGCAGCCCCACAACGCGUCGCGUCGAGUCCGCGCUCUCGGCAAAACAAUUCGCCGGCCCCAUAAUAAAAAGUUAUCCGUUCUGCUGCCUGAACUUC